AUGCAAUUGAAUGCACAAACACUCGUUCUCGUUCUGUUCAGUCUGAGUACAUUCCAAUCGGGCAGUGUGGAUGCGUCCUGUUGUUGUGGAUGUCCAGACGUGUUCGAUCAUUUUCUCUGCAAUGCUUUGAGCUGGGCAAAUCCAAUCGAACCGAGACCUCCACAGACGAAUGUGGUGUUCGAAGCGACACCACAAGUCAAACAAUGGUUGCUUGACAAUAUGAUCAAUUAUAUUUGUGCCGUGCCAAACAAUCUGUUCGUCGUGUUCAUCAAGUCGGUCAGCUCGUCACGGAGUUACAUCACUCAAGUGGUCCGUAUCGAUCCGCGUCAGUAUGUGCGAUGGAACUCGACUUUGUUGAAUCCAUUCGGUUCGCCCACUUUCCAUGCUGAAACACCGUAUUUGUUAUUCAGCAACAAGAAACUGCCCGUGGUUAAAGACUCGAGUAAAUUGGAUUUGGGUUCGAUGCCCGCACUGACCACGUUCAUUCCGUUACGCGAUUUGACUAGCACAAUUGAUACGGUCUACCGGCGUUGGGUGAAUUUCACUGAGCAAGCCAAUUCGACCACGACCGAGCCGAUAUUGUGUUUGCGUUUGGAGUGGUUAGACUACUUGAUUCAAUAUAUUGGAUUGCUUUGA